UAACCCAAGAAACGGUUAACUUGAGUCUGCCAUCACACCCAAGUUAGUCAACAACAGACACAGAGGGAGAGAGAGAGACAGACAUUUUUCUCCUUUUUUCGUCCUUUUUCCCCCUGGCGAGCGUGAGACAGCCCCAGCGACACCAAAGGCCCGGUGCAAUGAGUGGCAAGAAAUCAAAGUGGAUGCUGACCAAGAGGGGCGUCUUUGCCCUUUACGAGGAGAACCUGAAGGAGGAAAUCAAGAUGCAGGUAAUCUUCAAGGCCGACAUUGAUGACAUGUGGUGCCUGCGCCUCUCUGACGGGUCCCACAUCUCCCCUAUCGUCUACGUCCUGGCCAAGCGCAUCAACGAGACCUUCACUGUGGGGGCCAUCAUCACCAUUAAGGAGAGGAUUGUGGUUCCAAAUGACCCCUUCACGCCGGACGAGAGCAGGCCAAGACUCGAGGAUACGGCUCUGCAUUACGUCUACAUCAAGAGCUACAAGGUGUUUGCCUCGGCGGAAGCGGUGGGCAACGUCAUCGGCCAUCUCAACAAGGAUGACAACUACAUUUAUACCUACCGCGACGAAAUGAGAUGUGUCCUUCCGGCUUUGUUUGGUGAACGUCGCCGCCCGAUGUUGGCAAAAUGGCAACGCGAAGAUGAGCAGCUGAGAUUCGAGCUUGAGGAUGCCGGCAGUUACAAGAAGCGUCAGCACGAGGGGGUGGUCCUCAGGGAGAUCGGAAAUGUGCACUUCAAGAAUGGACAGUACGCAGAGGCCCUUAACUUCUACAGCAUGGUCAUCAAGCAGGACAGGUUCGACUGCCGAGUGUGGACGAACAGCAGCCGCGCUCUCUUCAAGCUGGAGAAUUACAUAGAGGCUGAAGUACACGCCAUCUUUUCCAUGAAGAUGAAUCCAUUUUACGAGAAGGCCUAUAUCAGAGCAGGUCAGGCAGCCCUCAGUGACAAUCGGCCAUUCGCGGGACGCCAGUAUGCAAUGGACGGCAUCUUCCUCUGUGGCCACACCAAGGACCUGAGGGAGAUCCUGGCCGAGGCAAUCCCCAUGAGUGAUGACUUCUUAGCGAUGGGUGACUCUGUGUACGAUACCCACCGAGAGUUCUUCAUGGCCUCGUACGUGAGCUCCCUCGAGAAGGUCCGCUCCCAGACCAAGGGGCGCGCCAUCUUCAAGGAGAUCCAGGAUGUGCUGCAGCGGAAGAAGAUUGUCGAGUUGAGCAAUGCUUUUGGUAGGGAGCCGCGUAAGGAGAGCAAGAAGAGCAGCAAGAAGCCCAAGAAGCCCAUGGAGGAGGCAGGAACGAUCUCAGCAGCAGCAGCGGCAGCAUUCAAGGAGGAGGAGGAAGAGAAGACUAUUUUAUCUAGGAAAGGGAAGAGGAGGAAGAUGGAAGAAACUGUUACGUGUUGCGCUGGGCCACUGAGAGGGCUGUUGUGCUGGCUGUGUGGAUGUUUACCUUUUAUUGGUCACUUCCUGUGCUUGCUGAAGUUCCCCAAGCUCCGUGACAAGGCCAGAAUGUUGUUUGAGGGGUCUGCGCCGGAGGGUUGGGUGCCCCCCUGCCUCUGCUGUAUGUGUGUUGGUGUGCUUGUGGUAUGUUGGUCACGGCGUACACAUACACAGCCCCCGCGUCAAGGAGAAGCUUAUAUAAACGAAUCUAAAAAGGGAGAGAAGAAUAAUAACAGAAACAAAAAUACUUCUCUGAAUGAAACUUUAAAAGAGGGAAGAAGGUUAUAUCAAUCUGAGCAGUACCAGCAAGCAAUAGAGAUGUAUAACAAAUGUUUAGCUUACUCUGAACUAACUGACAACAUUAACAGUGGAGUGCAGGGCAAGAAAGGUGAGCGAUGUGAGGUGCAGGUGAUCCAGUUUAUCAUUGGGAUGUCCAAGGUGCAGUCUGGCCGCGGGUACAUAUACGAGGGGCUGGAGAUCAUGCAGACCCUUUGUGGGGACGGCACCAAGUUCCCCUACAAGCCGGCUGCACGCUACUGGCUCGCCCUGUCCUUUGAGAAAAUUUUUUGUUUUAAGUUAGCCCUGAAGCAUGCGCAGAUGUGUCGUGAUGCCCUCAAGAAACAUAAAAACCUCAAGCCCAUCAAGUGGCCGGGCACAGACCAGAACAUUAGUAAAACACACCCCAAUGAAUUAGAGGCUGAGUGUAACGAACUCCUUGAACGACCGCUCUCGGCCAGACCAACCCCCAAGGCAAAGUGUCGCUACAAGAAGUGUAUUACAACCCAAGGCAUCCCCUACGCCAAGGAGGAGAUUUAUUUGACAGACCCAGACUUCAAGGGCUAUUUAAAUGUGAUUUGUGAGGAUGACUGCACAGUGAGUUACCACCAUUGUUGCUGGAAGGUCUUCAAGGAGCAGCAUGACGGGAGCAUCAACAGAAUGUCCGACAAGGAUUUUUUAGGGCAAGGCUGUGUGACCCCAGACUGCACGGGCAAGAUCUUCAGCAUCGAGAUUUACGACGACACGGGUGAGCUCAAGAACGUGGUGAAGAAGGACAAGAAGAACGAGCCCGCCCCAGUCAAGCAGAAGAAGAAGAAGGAGAAGAAGAAGGAGAAGAACCAGACCCACAAGAGGAGAAACAGAGUGGAGAGUGUUUGUGAGGAGCAGGGAGGUGGAGAGGAGGCAUCAGCAGGAACAGCAGAAAGCACAGGGGGCCAAAACAGCACUACUACUACUACUAUAACCACUGUCAAUAACAACAAUAACAACACAACCACCAAUAACAAUAUUAAGAAGUCCCAGCCCACUCCCAUGCUGCCCAUUGAUGCCAAGAGUCUGGAGACAGCCCAGGUGACCAUUCUUAAGCCCGGAGGCGAGUCCCCGACAGCCUCACCCACCAAGGCUGCUAAGAAGAACAAGAAGAAAAAGAGCAAGAAGCCCGUUAGUCAGCCCAACCUUCUGGCAGACCCCCUUGAGAGUGACUUGUGUGUCCACGAAUAUGUGGCGUCUCCGAAGCAGCAGCAGAGGGAUGCGCUCGAGGCAGAUGGUACCGUCAACGCCAGCUGUCCCUUGUCCCUCACCAAUAGCCGCCAGAAACAGACAAUGCUGCUGGACCCCGACAACCCCUUCUACCUGCCCCAGCACCUGCGCGACAACCCCGAGGAGCUGGAGAAUGUCUUGCAGCAGAAGCUCACCACCAACUCCCCUCCUGGCCUGCAGAAGGAAACCGUCAACACCCUUCUGGACUUUAUGUAUGACUGGCUUAAGUCCGAGGGGCCCAUGCGCACCUCUGACUCCAGGCUGGCAGAGCAGGUGUCCGAGAGCUUCCCACAGGAGGCCAAGGACUAUGUGUCACGAUGUGGCAGUAUCAAGGAGUUCCUCAUGCAGUCGAUUAAGUUUGCGAUGAUCGACGACAUCAUCUGCGUGCACGAUGAUGUGAUGAAGGCUCAGAAGAUGCUGUGCAAGGAUGUCUCGGACAAGAUAAACAGAUCCAAGUACCUCAUUUUUUUCAGUGACGGCAAGAAGGCCAAGCGGUUCACCCACUUACUGGACGACGCCAAAAGCACAUGCUCCACCGCCUCCUCCUCCGUCGCUGAGUCCUUCAUCUCCCGGGACUCCUCCGCCCACAACGGCAAACUCAGCAACCACGUCAACUCCAGCGGCAGCAACGGCAACCACAACAACUACGACACCGAAAGUAACGCCUCCCUCGCCCCGGUCUCAAAAAGCAUCGUGGAGCAGCUAGCCAUGCUCUCGAAACAAAACAUAUCCCUGGACCCCGCAGCCCCGCCCUUCGAGCCCGUGGUGACCGUUGUUGAUGUGCCAAAGGAAAAUGAAGAGGAGUACGAGGAGGAGGAAGAGGUUAAGUGGAGCAAUGGCGACUCAGAUUAUAUAGAAAACUGGGCGGCACAGGCGAGAGAGAAAACUGCGUUGAUGCCUGAAGGAGAAGAGGAGCUGGAGAUGUCAGUCGAGGCAGAAGAGCAAGGAGGAGAAGAUCAUGGAGAAGAAGAAGAGCAGGGAGAGGAGGACGAGGAGGAGGAGGAGGAGGAGGAAGAAGGAGAAGGAGGAGGAGCAGAGUCUGUGAAGGAGGAGGAGGAGAAUAUUGAGGAAUACAUCAUUCAGCUCCAGGACGAGAAGGAGAAUCUGGCGCAGGACAUUGAGAAGGUGCAGGAGCAGAAUGAGAAGCUGAAUGACAAGCUGAUCCAGGUGAAGUCGCAGUACAAGAGUGAGGUCAUGAAGCUCAAACAACAGAUCGAGGAAUUAAAGGACCAGAACAAGGAACUGAGCACGGAGAAGCACGCCAUCCAGUCACAGAAGGAGACAGACAUCAGGAAGUACAAGAGUGACCUUUCCCGUGCCACCGAAGAGCUUAAGACCUUCCAAGCCAGGGUGCAUUCCGCCGAGGUGAAGUGUGAACAGUACCUUGAUCAGAAGAACGAGAUGGAGGCAAGACUGGAGGAGGCACGGGAACUGAACACACAACUGAAGGACGAGAUUGAGAAGAUGGGGAGCCUGCAGGAGUCCCUCACCAGCUGUUCCCGGCGAGCCAGGGAGGCGGAGGUUAAGUACCUGUCCACCAAGAAGGACCUGGUGGAGGCAAGCUUGAGCAGAGCCAUCAAGCAGCUGACGGAGGAGGCGAUGGUGAUGAAACACAUGCUCCCGGCGCUCACCGACACCACCAUGCCCGACCGCAACACCCUGACCCACACCAUCAUGGCCUGGGAGGAGACGGUGGCCGGCCUCCUGGAGCAGCAGCGUUCGUUUAGCGAGGAGGGCACACGUCUGCUGGGCAUGAUCCACCAGGGCCGCCCCCUCAGCGCCCUGCCUGCCGGGGACCUCAAGAUACCCAUCAUCCCUACCCUCUCCGUGGCGCCGCUCCUCAAGCACUUCCAGACCAACAACCACCACCUCCACCACCACCAGAACAACAAGCCUCCACCCACACCCACACCACCUCCACCACAUCCACCACAUCCGCCACCAACACUCGCAGUUCAGGAGGCCAUGCCCAUGCACCGCCCCAUCCCUAGCCCCUCGCCGCAGCCUCCACCGUCGCCACACAUGUCCACGCCUCCCCCACCCUUGACGGAGCCCCCACAAGUGCCUCUCAUGUCGGUGGCUCUCGUUCAGACGGCACACCAUAACGGACACCCAGUUUACAUGCAUAAUGGAGUGCCGCCCCCUGGUCUCAUCCCCAACCACCCCCCUCCCUCGGCGUCCAACCCUGCCACUGGUGCUAUUCCUAAGGGUGCUGGCAACCCCACACCCACCAAGACCCCAGAGAUCGUCACCGCCCCGCCACAGCAGCAGUUCACGGAGCCCACCAGCACUCUCUUCGUGGGUCAGCUGCCCUGGGAUUACACGGAGGGGGAUGUCAAGGCCCUGUUCAGCCGCUUGUUUGGUGAGGUGGUGUCCGCGACAGUCUUUGACAAGGGCUGUAUUGACGGCAGGCCAGUCCCUAAGUAUGGGUUUGUCACGUUCCGUAAGACUGAGGACUGCUCAAAGGCGCUCAAAGGCCGGCCCAUAUUUGUAGGCAAUCAUAUGCUCAAUGUACAAGCAAAGGAAAGUAAAAAGAACCCAAAGCCUGCAAGUGUGCCGACAGCUGGAGGAGGAGGAGGAGGAGUGGGAGUGGGAGGAGGAGGCCUGGCUGGGAUUAUUGGUGAGGCCGAGAUUGUUAACGGGUCAAAUAAUGGACGAGCGAACUUCCCCGUCGGUGGCAGCGCGGAGCCAAACCAGCCACCCGCCGCCCGCCACCUUCACACACUGCCCACACCAACACUACACCACCACCACCAACAACCUCCUCCUCCCACACAGCCCGUUACCAAACCCAAGUUCCAGAGGCUUCUACCAAGCAACAGUGCCGUGGGAACCAUGGGAACAUUGGCGCCUCCCAAGCUGGUUCGCCCCCAACCCAAGGUCGUGCCCAACCCCUCGAAGAUCGGGGGCCAGACAACAGCCACCAAGGAGGAGAACGCCGCGCCUGCCUCCUCCAUCUCCUACCCCAAACUCAUUGAGGUGUGCAAGCAGCGACUUGGGAAGGAGUUUUCCUCGCCUGAAAUCUGCACUGCUCUGAGGGAAGUCCGCACCCACAACAACAACAAGAGCCUGAUGGAGCUGACCACGGAGAAGAUCGUCGAGCGCGUCAAGCAGCAACUCCGCGCACGCAAGGCAGGUUUGGGCGCCCCCUCCGUCGCUCCCUGGGCCGGCCUAACACAGGAACCAGGGAAGAAGACCAGCCCAGAGUGGCAGGGACCGAGGAACGAGGAAGGGGUGAAGGAGGAGUCGUGCUCAAUCUGCCUCGAGUCGCUGAACACCGGCCCGACUCUGCCUCUCCAGUGCCUCCACACCUUCCAUGAGCGCUGCAUCAAGGACUGGCUUCGUAGGCAGUCGAAUUGUCCCAACUGUCGGAAGUUUGCCCUGAUGACGGAUGAGUACCCGACACUCACCCAGAAGUAGGCAGAUGCAGGGCCUUGAGGAGAAGCACAUGGCCCAGAGCUAAGUUUUCCUAUGUUGUGUUGUCAUUUGUUUUCCGUGCACUUUAGGGUUUGUGUGGCGGUUCGUGCGCAUGGCGACUUUGAAAUCAUGUCGGGAAAUGAGUUUGUACUGCCGUGGAAAGGAGCGAUUGUAAAAGUGAAAAAUUAACUGCUGCAGGUCAAGUCAAGAUCAGGUUAUAAGAAAGCUUGUUCAUUCUUUCGCUAUCUUGUUAUUAGUCAUUUGAAAAGCAUAGAUGUUGAAAAAGAUACUCCAUUGACUAUUAACUAUGGGAACGUGGCGUGAAGGAGUUCGUUCUUGCACUUUAGCUGAGUUGACAUGAACUGUGUGUGCAUAUGUGUGUGUGAACUGGCAGACAAACCCAAUUUCUCGGAUGGAAUAUGCCAGGGUGUAUUCCGUGGGAGGAAGCCGUGACUUUUUACUUUGUUUUGCGGGUGGAAUUCAGUGUUUAGUUCGUUCUCAGCUGGAAUAAAACAAAGUCGUUUAUCCCGCAGGAGAAAAUGACGCUUGUUGUUGAAAUUCUUGCUUGUGUAGUGAGCAAUACCUAGCACGUAAGAGUGAGCACCCCCACUGUAAGUUAAGCCCCGCCAGUGUUUCUCCUAAAUUAAGCGUCGGUUUUGUGUUCCGCCUUCAGAAUUUUACGUUGUGACUUUUUUUUCGCCUUCAAAAAUUUGUGUUGCAACUUUAUUUAUUUUCUAUUUUUGUUUCGCCUUCAAAAAUUUACAUUGCGACUUUAUUUUUGAUUUUUUCGUUAUUAUUUAUCUUUUCCGCCUUCAAAAAUUUACGUUACAACUUUAAUUUUUUGGUUUUGCCUUUAAAAAUUUACAUUGCAACUUUAAAUUUUCUUCAAUUCUCGCUGUAAUUUGUAUGACUGCGGAGAAUUAGGAUUAUGGGAAGGACACAUAAUUCUUUCAUUACCUUCAUCCUUGUAAAAGACUUGCUUGAAAAAUUAAACUAUUUGUCACUUUUUUGCACAUAAGACGGAUUUUGGAUCAAGCACGACAUUAUUUUCACCCUAAUCAAAUUCAUUUCAUACAGUUUUAUUUUUCCCCCUUUGGUGUUUUGUGUCAUGGAAGGUUUGGAAGUGAAACCUUGAAAUCAUCAUCCCUUCAUCACCAACCCCACCCAGCUCAUUCCCCUGGCUGAAGAAUUUUAUGGCAGUUUUGUGUGUGUGACAUGACUGAGGGCUUGUGGAACUUACUAUUACUACUACUACUAUUAUCAUCAUCUCAGCAAAAACAAAAUAUCGCUUAUGUCCUCAUUCACAAAAAAAUCAAUUCCCCUUUUUAUGAAUUCAAUUACGUCUUUUUUUUUUAUACACUUCAUACGACACGGAAGACUUAGUUACCAUAUCUUCAACCCCGAUAUGAUAAGUCUUGGAAACGGAUGAUAUGUGUGUAUGUGGAGUGGGUGAGUGGAUGAGUAUGAGGGAGUUGUGAAGGUUGUAUAUGUAUCCGGAGUAGAAGUGGACCACAUGUAUCCUUAGGUAUUAGUGGAAAGGGUUGUAUGUAUGUGUGUGUGUGUUUGGGGUGUAUGUAUGUAUCAGGGAGUUAUUCUGCACCUUCCCUUUCUCUCUCUUCCUUUACCUCUUCUUUCGUUCUCUCUCUUCAGGAAGUUGACGAGUGGAUGAGUGGAUCAAGUAUGAGGAAGAUGUGGAGAGGAGAAGGUUGUAUAAGUGUGGAGUUAGGGAGUGGAGUGUAUGUUGUAUCAGGGAGUUAUGGAGUGGAUUGAGUAUUAGGAAGUAUUGGAUAUGGUUAUGUGUAUGGGUGUGUCUGUCUGUGUGUGUGUGUCGAAUAAGGAGGAGGAAAUGUGUGUUGUGUGAGUGUGUGUGUGUGUGUGUUUAAAGUGUAGGAUAAGGAAGAGGAAUUGUGGAAAUAUAGAAUAAUAAGAAAAUGUAUUAGUGUAUGAUUAUAAUGAAAAGGAAAUGUGUAUAGGCCUGUGUGUGUGUGUGUGUGUGUGAGUGAGUGAGUGAGUGUGUGUGUGUGUGUGUGAGUGAGUGAGUGAGUGAGUGCAUAUAAGCAUAGGAUAAAAAAAGAAGAAAUGUGGAAAUGUCAGAUGAGAAGAAAAUGUGUGUAAGUUCAGAAUAAGGAAUAGGUAAUGUGUAUGUACGUGCGUUUGUGUGUGUGUGCGCGUGUGUGGCAUAGGGUGGAGUUCAUAAUAUAAGCGACGUGCCUUAUACCGCUUAGGAAAUGUGAUCUAUUUUUCUAUGUACCAACGAUGUUCCUUUAAUUUUGUAUCGCAUGCUAGAGGGAUAGGAGGAGGAGGAGUCGAGUCCGUUCCGGCGACUGACGUAAAGGAAUAGCAACCCUUUGUGGCAAGAGCUUCAUUCAUUUACCUUAUUUUGGUUUGCUUUUCUGUUUCUUCAUUUUCUUUUCCUUUACCUUCAAUUACCUUUCCUUUCCUUUAACUUUCUCUCCUGUCAGUUCUUCCCUUCAUUUAUCUUCCUUUAGUUUGCCUUUCUUUUUCUUCCUUUUUUAUUUUAUUUUACCUUCAUUUAUCGUCAAUUAGCGACUUUCCUUUCUUUUAACUUUAUCUCUCUCUCCCUUCAAUUCUUCCCUUCCCUACCUUUCCUUUACCUUUCCUUUACCAUCCUUUCCUUUACCUUCUUCCCCUACCCUGCUUUCUCUCUCUUUCUUCACUUUCAAACUUCCCUUUACCUUCCCUUCCCUUUCCCUUUCCCUUCCCCUUCCCUUUCCUUUACCUUUCCUUUACCUUCUUCCCCUACCCUGCUUUCUCUCUCUCUCUUCACUUUCAAACUUCCCUUCCCUUCCCUUUCCCUUUCCCUUUCCCUUCCCUUUCCCUUUUCCUUGCUCUCUCUACCCUCUAACCUUCAUAUAUACAAGUGGCAGCUGAAUCAUCAUAUUUUUCAACUAUUCCUUUAGACUAUCAUUGAAGUGUUGCUGUAAAUAAAAGCAUAGUCAAUAGGUUAACGGGACAGCUCAUUAAUUCUUUUGUUAUGUUGUUAUCUGCCAUUUAUGAAGCAUUGAUGGUGAAAAAAGAUACUCCAUUGUCUGUAUUAAACUAUGGGAAGCUAUUGGAAAAAUAUACUUAAGGAAAACGUGGUAUAUAGGAGCUAAGUCAAGAAAGGGUUAAAGGGAAACUCAUUUAUUCUUUCCUUAUGUUGCUA